AUGGAAACGCUCUACAUACGCAAUUUGAACGAAAAAGUAUCGGUCAACACGCUUCGACGACUGCUUGAGAGCAUCUUCGCCAAGUUUGGUGAGGUGCUUCAAAUCACCGCCAAUAAAAAUAUCAAAAUGAAAGGACAAGCAUUCGUCACCUUUGCCAAUAAACUGCAAUCAGCAGCAGCUAUGGAGAAACUACAACUGUACGAGCUCUUCCAGAAACCAAUUGAGAUAUCCUAUGCCAAAAAAAACUCAGACCAGUAUUUUAUUGCUGUCAAGAAAGAUACCGAAACUGUAGAAAAACGUAAGAAUGAGAAGGCUAAGAGGGAACUGACACUGGCAAAUAAACGAAAAGUUCAAAAUGAUGAGCCAGAUUUUGCUGCUGCUCCAGAACCGAUCAAGAAGAAGAUAAAGAUAGAAGAUUGGAAGCUGCUUCCACCAAAUAAUGUGCUUUUGCUCCAGAACACUACAGUCGACCUGAACGAUGUACUUCAAGCAUUUUUCGGAUCUUUUCCUGGCUUUAUCAACACAAGGUUUGUCAAAGCUCUUAACUUGUCCUUCAUUGAGUUUGAGUCAGAAGAGCUUUCAACAAAAUGCUUACAGGGCACUACCAAAGAAGAUAUUCUGAAACUUGGUCCAGAGGCUGUAUUGACCUACGCCAAGAAAUGA